GGCUCAGCGUCAGACGGAGCGCGGCGACUCGCGACUCGCGACGUGCCCAAAAAGGUGCCCCGGUGCCCGGCGAUUGAGCGAAGCUCGCCAUGGCGAUGACACGGCAGAUGUCGAGCGUGGGGGCCACCUUGGCCAACAAGCCCUGGCCUGACGAGAUGGAAAUGAUUGAGCCCUACGUGACGGGCCUUCUGUGGUUCAACAAGCUGCCAGACCAAAAGGCGACAGUCGAGGCUUUCAAGAAGCAUCUCUGGCAUUGUCAUCGGUUCAACUCCUGCAUCGAGGGCUCCAAGUGGGUCCAGCGACAAACGGAGAUGGACGUUGACUACCACUUCGAACAGGUCGAGCUGAAGGACGAGAAGGCAGUGGAGGAGUACGCGAUUAAGACUCAGCUGACACCUUUGGCCGAGGACCAUCCAAGAUGGAAGAUGUUCUUCCUGAAAACCCCCGCGCCCAACCAGUGCGCCGUCCUUGCGCACCUCCACCACUCUCUGGGUGACGGCCUAGGCCUCCUGUUUGCCCUCUCGCCGCUCAUGGGCGUGGAGGGUGGCAACCCGCUGUCCACCGUUCCAUUGCCCAGCAUAGUGCUGCCUGCCUACGCGCGGAAGCAGAAGGCAGCGAACCCCCAGACGCCAAAGAAGAAAGGUGGCUGGUGCAGCUGCUGCUGCUCAGUCUUUGGCGCCAUCCGGAACUUCGUCCGUGGCUUCCUGGUGAUGCUACUGUCGGGCCAGGAUUCCGAGCUCGCCCUCAACGAGCCCUUGACAAAGCGGGCGUCCCGCCUGAAAUUCAGUGGCCAGCGGGUCCUCACGCGGCUGCCCAAAGUGUCCCUGGACUUGGUGAAGAAGGCGCGGGAGAAUCAUCAGUGCACUUUGAAUGACAUCGUCAUGGCUGGCCUUACCGGAGCCAUCCGGCGUUAUUGUGAGGAGUGCAAAGACGACAGAAUCAACAAUCCGCGAGUGGAGUGCAAGUCAAUGGUGAUGCUCGCUCUGCCGCGCGACUGCCCUGCUGAAGAUCCCACCGUGGCAUUGCAGAACAAGAUGCUCUUCUCCAGCGUGAGGCUUCCGGUCUCAGAACGCACUCGGGCUGAACGCGUCAAGAAGAUGAUGGCAGCCUGUGAUGACCUGAAGUCUGCAGCCUACAUGAUGGGUCUGACCCUUUUCACAAAGAUCACCAGCUAUGCGCCGAGGGCUUUCGUGAACAAAGCGGCGGGGGAGACCUGGUCCAAGCACACCUUCCUGGUGACCAACGUCCCGGCCACCUCGGUGCCCAUGACGUGGCCCGCCGAGGGCGGCGAAGUGCUGCAGGGCGUGACCCUCGUGAUUGCGAACGUCAUGUCGCAGGUGUCGGUGCUCUCUUACAACGGAUCCCUUUAUGCCAGCCUGGUGGCGGACCCGGCGGUGAUUCAAAAGGCGGCGGCCUUCGGACAGCUCUGGCAGGAGGAGAUGGAGGCCUUGGCGGAUCCCUCGAAGAACACGGAGGCUGCAGCCAGAUCCGGGGACGAUUCCCCCUCGGCUGCCCUUUUGCGGCCUGGCAAUGUAGCGUCCACCAGCGGGACUGUCCUUCCUGGUUAUUUGAAAAGCGAGUCGCCGAGGCAAUGAGCUGAUCGAGCACUGUCGCUCGCAUGGAUUCGAGACCUCUCGAAGAUCUCGGGGCUGGCUGCAUUUCUUGUUCUGAAAGGUACAGCAAAGGUACAGCGAUGCCCAUUUUUAGGACCGACUUUGAAAAGCCCGGCGCCUGGCGACGUUGCACUUUCUCAACUGGCGCGCCUGGAAAGGGUGCACCGGAGUUUCAGACUGGACGACUCAGUUUGCGGUCUUCACUGGUCGAGGAUCAACUUCCGAGACCUCUCUCUGUCUAGAGGGCAAAACCAGGGGAGUCGGUGCGCAAGUGGCGUCACGCAAAGGCUU